GUCCGCCGGCUCGCGCCUCGCCAGCCAGCCACCUACAUCCUGUACGGCUGUUUGGUUUCCUGUGCUUUUUUUUUUAUUGAAAUGGUGGCUCUCUGAUGCGUCCCACCUUCCACCACCUUCAGUGGUAAUUUGAAAGUAACUAGUUGAGCCUUUUCCUGUGGGAGGUUUUUUUAAUGUUCCGCGCAGCCGACGCACAGAACUUCGUUAAAGAGAGAACCAGCUGGCACUUUCGCAGGACGAUGGACGAGCUGGUCCACGACCUGGUGUCAGCGCUGGAGGAGAGUUCUGAGCAACCCCGUGGGGGUUGUGGGGAUGGGGGGGACCACGCCCUGGCAGUGGGGUGCCUGCUGAAGAGGCAGGCGCGCAAGAGGCGUGGCCGGAAACGGCGCUCGGACAAUGGCCACCCGCCGUGGGAGUCCUGCCACCCCCUGAGUGAAGGGUCAGAGUCCAGCCUAGAAGACCACCGGGAACACCGAACCACCAGCCAUGCCCGUGACAACAGUGACUCCGAUGACCAGCUCUUGGGUCCCAAGCGCCGGCUUCCCCUGGCCCUAGAUGGAAGGCGACCCCUGUGGCACGAUGACCUCCAGGGGGCAGAGGGGCUGGGCAGCCGCAGCCUGCGCAGGCGGAGGAAAGUGAAGCGCAUGGCUGUGGACCCGCCGUCGGAGGUCACCAGCAUGCUGGCCCCACCUCUGCCCAAGUCGCACGCCAGUGCUAGAGAGAUGGUCCUGAACCAAGAGGCUAAGGGGUCCGAACCUGGGAAGAGCAGGGUUAAGAAGAGGAAGCUGACCACCAGCAGGCAGGGGCUGGAAGCGACUGACGAGGGUGUCGUAGUGGAAAGUGAGGAGUCCAGCCAAGUAGGCAAGGACAAAAUGGACUAUGAGGAGCACAAGGGAUCUGACGAGGAGAUGAGUGACAGUGAGACUAGCAGCGUCAGUAACAGCAGUGAUGGCGGCUUGUAUACCAACGACGAAGGAAGGCAAGGUGAUGACGAGCAGAGCGACUGGUUCUAUGAGGGCGAGCCAGGUGGGGCUUGUGGGAUAGCCGGGGUCAUCCCCUGGUGGGAGAAGGAGGACUCCUCUGACCUGGAGAGGGAGCUGUCCGACCCCGUUUUCAGCAGCAUCCUCACGGGCUCCUUCCCUCUCAUGUCCCAGAAAGCUCAGAGAGGUUUUCAGGCCAGGCUGAACCGUCUGCAUGGCGUUCCGUCCUCCCCGUCAGUGCCGACCACCAUGAAGACUGGCGUCCCUGGGCAGGGCUGUAACGAGAGGCUGCCUCGACUCUCCCAGGACCCCCAUCACCACGACCCGUGGUUUGGUCCAGAAUCCAGAAGGGAACAUGGACAGCUGCCGUGGGACACCCGGAUGGACAGGGGCCAUCGUAGGAGCUGCUCAUUAAAGACAGCCAGCAGGCAGACGAGCGGACACCUGGGCUCCCUGUGCACGGGCGACAUCAAGAGGAGACGCAAGGCACCGCCAGGAGCAGGGCCCGCCCCUACGGGACUGGUUGGUGAGAAUGCCCUACCCAUCCCAGAAAGCAACGUGGGGAGUCGGAUGCUGCAUUCCAUGGGCUGGACUCCGGGAAUGGGGCUGGGACCCGAUGGAAGGGGCAUCACAGAACCCAUUCGCGCCCUGCAGAGGCCAAAGGGAGCAGGUCUUGGCUUCAACUGAGCUCCUCACCCACCGCGAGCAGCCCAUGCUACCACAAGCCUUGAGACCAGACUUGGAAAAUCAUCCCAGUCCGGUUCCGCUUCCAGACACCGGUUCGCGGACCGACCUGCAUUAACCCCGAGGAGUGGCUAAGCAGAACACGGGAACAGAAAUUAGCGUUUUUUAGAAUAAUUGAACCACAAAUGUCUUAUUUUAGAAUGAACCCACGCUGAAACGAACAGACCCAAACGUAACACCCGGAGCUGCAGAAUUGUUUUUUUUGUCACCAGCGGGUCCUGCUGCAUUUGACAUUCCCCUAAUCAAACAUAUUUCUUCCCGCAAUCAGCAUUAUUCAGAAUUAAGAACUUUGCCCCUAGGGCUGAGCUGCCAGACAGAGCUGAAUGACGGGUCAAUCCUUAAUUCAUUGUUAGUUAAAAACAAAUGCUGAAGAAGCACAGUUGUGGUGGAUUUAAUGUUGUGUAGCUUCUCGUAAAUUUUUGUUUUUAUCGUGUUUUAAGUCACAUACCAAGGGUGCUGGGAGAGGCGGGUCUCUGUCUCAUCCUGGUCUGAAUCUUUAAGGAUUUAUGAAGGAUGUCCAGUAACAGUAUUCAGAAAUGUGAUGCCCAGUCAGUAGUUCCAUUGGAUUUCUAGGGCCAAGCUAUACAAAUGGUAGCACGAGAUCCCUGUGAGUUUUGCGUGCUUUUUCAGACCCAAAUUUUUAGGGAAAUCCUAAUUGAAAGUAUCAGUUUCAAUCCCCAAUCUUUAAACGAGUGUCAGGGCUCAUGAAUGUCUGGAUAUUAGCUGUUCCGACUGCCGUCUGUGGAUCCGUGUGCUGUGUGGCUCUACACUCCCUCGGUGCUGGGGCUCCUGUGGACAAAGUGUCAUCACAGAAAACCUCCUCAGUGGUCCCAGGCUUUCUAGCAGGAACUUAAGGAAGCCCAGACCACAAGAAAAACAAAAACGACAAAGCUGUGUUACUUCAUCAUUCCAAAUGUAACUCAGUGCUGCAAACUUGAAGAAAAUCCACCUAUGCAGUUUUGUAAAAUAUUCAGACCUUGUAUGUUGCUGAAGCUGCCGUCUGAGUUUGGGUGGCUGCUUAUCUGAAGCCCACUGACCGCCAGUUGAGUUGCCGUUCUUUUUUCAGUGGAACCGUGUGUCCAUAUGACCAGGGAUGUCCACGGGUCCAGCACCACUAGUGAUACAUGCGUACAGUAGGAGGCUUGUGGGAAAUGGAUUAUUGGAACUGGCUUUGUCUCCGCACACAGGUUUCCCUGUACUGAUUUUAAGAUUAAAAAUUCUAAAAUGUCA